AUGCAAAAUCAGGGAACAGGAUUUGGACUGUGGCUCAAAUCAUUCCCCUUGCUGUCAAACCGGAUUGAGACGGAAUCACUGACUUUUGCAUUCAGACACCUUACAGCGGUAGAAAACCGCCUGCAGUUACUUGAAUCCACACUUCGAAGGCUGUUUCCAACCGGCGAGAUGGAUGCCAUCACCCGUGCCUUGCUCACAGAUGAGGUGCCAACAGAUCAGCCUCCUUCCGCCUCCGGCGGCCCCAUUAAUCAAGUCUCUGUUGAUGAAACACUACCAUCAGACCCUAUGACCUGGGAUAGCGGAUUCCCCAAUCACUCUUCACCGCAAGAGACAGAGAGAGAUCUUCCUACGGGUGCUGGACUGCAAGAUCAAGCUUCACUAUUCAACCUUCUUUUGACUUGUCCAACUCACACAUCUGAGUUGGUGGGAACUGGCGACGAAGAAAGCGAGUUUCUAAAUAAUUACUUUUUGCAUUAUCAUACCCUUUACCCGAUAUUGCAUGAGGGCACGUUUAGAUUGGAGCACAAAAGCCAAAUUAAAGCGUCACCUCACUGGCACAUCUUGGCAAGUAUAGUCUUGGCCAUUGGAGCAUGGUUGACUGUCCCUACUCGAGAUGAUUUAGACAAGAAAUACUUUGCCAAGGCCAAAAGCAUGGUUCAAAAGGUGUCUUUCGCAGAGAAAGGCGAUAUCACACUGGUGCAAAGCUUGGUUUUGCUUAGUGAAUUUUCAAAGAAACAGGCAAGCCCUCAAGAGAGUGGGCAUUAUAUAGGAACUGCCGUUCGAAUGGCAGUUUUCCUCCACCUACAUAUCAAACCCACAUCCCCCAAUUCAAACGAAUUGGACAAGGAAAUCCGCAGAAGAGUGUGGUGGAGUGUUUACUGUGCCGAGAGUUGCUCCGCAAAAAUCUACGGGCGGCCACUGUUACUGCCAGAGGAGAUGCUCAUUACUGUUGAGCCGGUUUCAAAUAUCCAUGAGAACGUUAGUCGGUCUAUUCCUUCCCUAAUUCCUCACAUGCUGAACGUGACAUUGCAGAUGCUCCAACCUUCCGCCGCAGCUCUCCCUGUACAAAUUGAUCAUCCAACCGUGUACACUGGCCUGAUACAACAAUCCAGCUAUCACAGAAUGGCAAACAAAAUAUAUCGCCGUCUACUAUCAACUCCUUCUAUCACACUGCAAAAUGUACAUGAAGUCGACCAAAUGAUAGAUGCCUGGCAUAACGGGUCAUCGCUCUGUACACAAGGGAUGAAUCCUUCAUCCGCACCUGGAUGGUAUCUCACAGCCCAUCGUCGCCAAAUACUAUGUGACCGAAGUCUUCGACAGCUCAUCCAUAGACCAUUACUUUUGAAGUGGUUGAAAAACAUGUCUAUGAACACCGGACCGCCAACGGAAAGACACUCGAAUGAAAUUCGCUGUCGGGCUAAUGGACUCAAUAUGGCUCGGACAACAAUCGGAAUAAUAUCAGAAUCUAUUGUGAACGGUGACUAUUCGCCGUUGACACUAUCGUUCACAUUGUAUGCCUUCUUCCACGCUUUAAUCGUUCCUCUCAUACACUUAAAGGCAGAUCCCUCCUCUCCUGAGUCAAUAUCUUGCAUUCAAGACAUCAAACGGGCGGAAUUAGCUCUGAAUCACCUGUCGAUUGAACGGGAUGAUCUGUCACAAUACUUCAUAGCUGUCUUGCGGCGCUUAUUCUUGGUGGCAUCUCAAACAAACAACGAGAGCGACCAAAGGAUCUCGAGUGAUGGUAAAAGGAUGGUAAAUCCCCACGACGUGCAGUCAGUUCCGCAUGGUAUUUUUGGGAAUGAAUGCUUGGCUUUAUUGGACAAUGAAGCUCUGAAAUCUGGAACUGGGCUGAAUUUCUCAGAAUGGGUCAACUUAUGA